AUGGCAUCAACUAAUUCAUUACAAGCUCAUUAUGAUGCCAAGCUCGAUUUCAUAGACUGCAUGGUCACUCGUCUUGCUGACCGAGACUACACAAGGCGUGUCCUACCAAACCAAUUCUCCCCUGAAGGGAAUCAUCAACCUGCGCCUCCCAUUCAAGAUAGCGUUGAUGAGUACUGGAAAUACAUAGCAUUGCACAGAGCUGCUGUAGAAGGCGAUUGGGAGAGCGCCAAGAAAUUCUUUGAGAAAAACCAAUAUGCAGUCACUGCAAAUAUCAACUCGAACUUGGAGAAUGCACUGCACGUAGCAGUCCAAGCAAGAAACAAGGGAAUCCAUGUCGUGAAGAAUUUGGUGGAAGAAAUGCCGAUUGAGGCCCUCGAACAUAAAAAUGUUUAUGGCCAAACUGUACUUAGUUUCGCUGCUAUUGUUGGCAACACGUGUGCUGCGGUUAUUCUGGUGCGAAAACAUCCCCGGCUGUUGUAUAUUAGCAACAAGUUUAGGCUUCUACCGGUCCACCUGGCCGCCACAUAUGAUCACAAGGAAACUUUCCAAUACUUGUCAGUCACUCAAGACGAGCAAGGUGGUGUUAGGCCCUUUGCAGACAGAUCCGGGGUUCGCCUUGUUAUACAAGUAAUAUUUUCCGGAUACUACGGUGAGAACCUACAACGAUGA